AUGGAUAUGUUUGCUACCGGUCGUAACGGCGCUUUCUGUAGCACGACGAACGGACGAAAUGCGUCAAGUAACAAUUCGGGUGAACGGAUAUACUCCUCAAAAAUGAUCAAUGCUUUUCAGAAUGAUGAAUAUGUUGCAACCAGCAUACUGUCUCCGGCAGUUGGUUUUGAGCCAAUAGCGGAAGCUAGUCGUGUCCAUCAUAUUCUACUUUAUGGAUGUAGGAAACCCUUUAAAGAGAAUCAGUUUUGGAAAGGUGGACAGACAUGCAUCACUCCGGGUCACAUCCUCUAUUCUUGGGCAAGAAAUGCCCCGUCGUUAUUCCUGCCACAAGGUGUUGGUUUUUCUGCAGGGCAUCCUUUUGAUGGCAUCAAAUAUUUCGUGCUUCAGGUGCAUUAUGCUUCCCCGUUUAACGGGAAAGUUUUGGAUUAUGCGGGUGUAACAAUUGAUUAUAUCGAAGAACGACCCCCAUAUCUCGCGGCAGUUUACCUCUUUGUUAGCGAACGCCUUGAAAGUGGCAUUCCGCCGCGAGUUCAGAAUUUCGUUGUUAACAUGAGUUGUUCGUACAGAAGCAGAACUCCUAUUUUUCCGUUUGCGUUUCGGACUCAUACUCAUAGCAUGGGUCGAGUUGUUUCUGCCGCGCUGAAGAACGAGACUGGAUGGAAUAUGAUUGGCAAAAGUAAUCCACAAUGGCCACAAGUGUUCAAUUCUCUUAAAUCACCGAUCGUUAUUAAAAACGGUGAUUUAUUAGCAGCAAAAUGUAUUUUUGACUCUACUGGCCAAAAUAAGACAAUAUAUAUGGGAAGUACCGGUGCUGACGAGAUGUGUAACUUUUAUAUGAUGUAUUAUUGGAACGCAGAAAUGGAUGAUCCUUUUCCAAGUGGUGGCAUUUGUUUCCUCGCUGAAAGUGAGGAGGUGGUGAACAAAGAAUAUCCUGCUGAAGGAUUGUCGCGGCUUCCUCUACACCCUGAACUUGAGCACAAAGCAAAAAACAACGGCCAAUCAUUUGGAAUUACUGAAGGAUUCGUCCUAGAUGAAAACGAGGGCGAAAAUCUGGGUCAAGUAUCAGGACUGGCUUUCGACCCUUUCGGUAAUCUAGUUAUUUUUCAUCGUGCAGAGCGAAAAUGGUCUGAACGAUCAUUCGAUGGGUCUCGAAACUUUGUUGAUAAGGCACCUAUAAAGGGCAGUACGGUAUGGGUGAUGAAACUAGAAGGGAAGCAACUAAGUCGGGUAGCAGAGUAUGGCAAAAAUCAGUUUUUCUUGCCGCACGGAAUACACAUAAAUAAUAAAAAUGAGUACUUUACUACCGACGUUGGUGCACAUUUGGUCACGAAAUGGAAGAUUACUGCAAGAAGCUUGAAAGAACUUUUUACUUUGGGGACAAAAUUUGUCCCUGGUGGGGAUCUUGAACACUUCUGUUUGCCUACUGCGGUAGCUACUUCACCAAAAGACGGUUCUAUAUAUGUAUCAGAUGGUUACUGUAACAGCAGAAUAGUCAAGUUUGCUUCUAAUGGAAAAUAUCUUACCCACUGGGGCGAUCCUUAUGACAGCAGUAUUGACGGUCCGUAUCCCGUCGGGAGAGGAACACUUGGCUUGUUUGCACUGCCGCAUGAUAUUACGGUUGAUGAAGAAGGGUCGCGCAUCUAUGUAGCUGAUCGCGAAAAUGCUCGCGUGCAGAUCUUUGACUCAAAUGGUGGGGCUAUUGGGGAAAUAAGCAACCCCCCAAAUCAAACUUUAUUUAAAAAACUGUACUCAGCUCACUAUAUAGGUGGGGAUGUGUAUUUUGUACCUGGGACAGAGGAAAAUAGCCAUAUUUUUUGCGCAAAGGCUGAUUUACACACUUUACUUUAUUCUUAUAUUCCAACGGAUGUUAAGUUGCAAAUGACUCAUAUCAUACGUGUGUCGCCGGACAAGAAAUUCAUUUAUGUUGGAGAAACUACAAAAAAUGCUAGGGGAAGAGUAUUACAAGUGAGGUUUCAUAAUUGCAGAGGCAGUUUUAAAUUUGAGAUUCAUGGUCAGAAUGCUGAUGGGUUACAGGAGUCGGAAGAUUUGCCUGAGGGUGCACUGUCUUCUAAAGUCGCAUUAGGAGUUAUUGGUGGUGGUUUUUCGAUAUCUCGCCACAGAGGCUUAUACAGGAGUGGGCCUCAACAUUCAGUUCUAGAUCGCGCGGGUUUUAAACCUUUGCGCAUGGACUAUCCAUCAUCGGAAGAAGACGAUUCUGAUGAUGACGAUACAGUACUCUCACAAAUAAAAUCAAAUCCUCGAUUUUAG